AUGUUUGCUCCCAUGCCACGCAGAAACGUGGAGGGGCCAGUCUCCCACGCCAAGUGGCCGACAGUCGACGCCUUCCGCUCGACAUCGGCAUCGUCACCGUGGGAUGUUGAUGAUUCGACGGCCCAGACCGUUAGUAGGCUCAACUGUGUCUUCGGUUUCCGCCCGUCCAACGCCUACGCCAAGCAAUCACUUCGAAGGUCACCCGAAGAAGCAUCCAGAUAUUCCCCUGACUUCCAACAUCUACAUCUGGACCAGAUCCCCGAGCUACGACAAGACACACCUUCAGAAGUGCGGACACGAACGUCUUCCUUUGGACCGGAGACGCCUCCCACCAAGCUCGACUCGUACUUUACAUCAGAACCGGCCGUUCAACCUCCAACACCGAGUCGGCCUAGCCAUGCCCACAUACGCUCCCACUCGGAUAGCUGCAGCAUUACAAGUCUCUGGCCAGAUAGCCAGGGCCCAUAUCGAUUUGGGGGUGAAGCAACAUCAAAUCGCGGGGUCGAUACCAAGCAGUAUGGCUACCUCGACGCAGCAGCAUCUCGCUCGGGAGAUCACUCUCAGCCUCAACGGCAUUCCCGUGAGACAUCAUCGCCUCACCAGAACUACACCGUCACACUCACCCGUAAUAAUCGUGCCGUCACCCUCAUCCUGCAGCAAGGCCCCCCGACAAAGCCCAGACAAGCGACCAUCACCUGCUACCGCCAAACCUCUCUGGCUCUAGGUGGACCCCACGCCGAAUUCUUCAAGGCAUCCGAGGCCCUGGUGUUGCUGCAGCACAUGGUGAACGCAUCAUCAAUGUCCUUUGUGCCCUUUAGCAAACGGGAACGCUCCGAGUUGAUGCUGCGCAUGCGAGCCUCGCCAGACGCCAUGAUCCUCGGCGAGCCCUGUUCCAAUGCCCGCGCGUGGACGAGCUUCUUCUCCACGGAGCUCGGUGCCGGACGGGCUUGGGAGGUGGGCACCGUCAUCUUUCCCUGGAAGGUACUGGAGAGGCUGAUGGGCUCUCUCAACUCUGAAGUCGCGCGCAAGAGGAGAGUUCAAUCUCGCGCUGCCGCGGCUUUUAACAGGCGAGAGGCGGAAGAGUAUGCGGGACCUAGAGGAGGACAUGGAGGCGCCGCCUUUCAGCACAACUAUAGCCACUCCUACGAUUCCCGCCCCGUAUCUCUGCACCUCGCCAACACGGAUCAUGGCGGCCUCGAAGCAGCAGCAGCAGGGGACCGCAGCUCAGUGGCAUCCGGCUCGCCUCCGCCUCGGACACCGACAGAGGCCCUCCCACCCAAGCUGCAACUCGUAUCGGAGCAGCACGCACCCCAGCUUCGACAAUCUCCUCCUCCUCCUCCCCCGCCGGUCGUGACGACGUCGCAAAUCCGAACGCGCAGACGCCAGCACUCGGAGCCCGUAGUCCGGCGCCUAAGCCUGACGCCACCACGCAUCGCACUGCUGAAAUCCAACCCGUGCCGGCAGAACCUGCGCCAUCUGAACGCCGCGUCGACGCCGACGCGGCUCGAGUUCUACGACUCGAUCCGGGCGUGGCCUGCGAGCUCCCACCGGGCGCGGGUGAGACUGCCGCCGUGCUCGCGGUUCUUGGAGAUGGUUGAGGACCAGGGGGCUGAUUCUCAUAAUCCGAUUGUGGUAUGA